AUGUCUGCAUGCUCAAGUACUCUUCGAGCACUCUCUCGAUCUCGUAUACCCACCACCAAGACGCUCUUGCCGUUCCUGUACCAGACAGCCACGAUCCAGCAAUGGAAGCCCGCCGCCCAGCCUAUCGCACGUCGCAACAUCUCGCGCUACAGUCGUCCAGAUGACGCAGCAGCUGUCGAAGACAUUCCUUUUGAGGACAAAGACGACCUGCCUCCGGCGCUCGACGACCUGGAGCCCGCGCGCAAAACAACAAUCACCGGCUCUGAGCGCGCUGCUUUUGAGAAGCUGUACAGGAAGUUCAACGCACGUGGCAGCCGUCAAGACGAGAAGGAUCACGAAGUCGAGAUCGACGCCAUUGCUGACGAAUACUGGGAGCCUGACGAUGAGGACAACCCAGCGAACCUGGACAAGAUCUUCGAUGAGGCGCUGAAGGGCAACCCAAACCUGGCGAGAGAGUGGAACCGGUCAAGCACUGAACAGCUGAAGAGCAGGAAGCCUAGACAAGACCUUCAGACUAUGGCACAGCAUAUCUUGAGGGGAACGCGCCCUCCUGAGAUGAAGCGUGCAGAGAUGCGGGCGGUGAGGAAGAAAGAUGUCAGCGCGAAAGCCGCAAAGCUGAACGAAGCACGCGUGAGAGAGCGCACCCGCGUAGACGACCUCCUCAAGUCCGCCAAAACCGACCGCGACCUCUGGGACGUCCUGCACCGCGAAGUCUUUGACUUGAUCCGCCAGCUAGAUCUCGACGGCACUAACAAGCCUACGCCCCGGAAAUCUCGAACCCCAAAGUCUACCAACACGACGACGGAUCCCAAAAUCCUCUUCGCAAACUACCCGCACCACCUUCUCACCGCGCUCACCACCCUCCGCACACACUUCCCCGCCUCCCCCUUGCCGCUUUCGAUCCUACCCACCAUGAAGAGCCUCGGCCGCUCGUCCUACGCCCUCGGCGCCACAACCGCACUCUACACACAACUUCUCCGCACAGCCUGGCUGCAGCAAUCCUCGUACCCGCUGCUCGUCUCCCUGCUGACAGACAUGCACAACGGCGCCAUUGAGUUCUCCGUCGACACGCUGCACCUGCUGGACCAAGUGAUCAAGGAAUUCGACAUGGCACGCAGCGGCCGGCUGGGCCGCGAAAUGCAGAUGGUGUACGGCAUGGAUCAGUUUGGCGAGGGGAUCCGCGAGGUGCGCCGCUGGCGCCAGAUCGUGGCUAGUCGCGUGGGCGUCGAUGACGAGCGCAGGGAGAAGGGGACCGUACCUGUGUCGAGGAGACGCAGGGCCGGCGACGAAGACUCGUCUGACCAUGUCCCGCUCGUCGAGGGCGUCAAUGGAGCGCUGGAACCAUUUCAGUCACAUUCCCAGCCACGGCCCGCAGAUGCAGACGUUGAAUUCGGCUUCCUGGGCCAAGACAGCGCUGCAGAAGCUCCCGAGGCAAAGGAACCCAUCAAGAGUAUGCCAACAGCGGACAUGGAGACAGCAAACAACGAGGCACACGAUACGGUGGAAAGUAAGCUGGAAAUCGAAGCCGCGGACGACGCCAACCAAGAGCACGAUAAGAGCGCCGCCAGUGCUGAAGCUGCGGCUAAGACUUCGAGCGGGGAAUUCGUCCCGUGGACGCCGUCGUAG